GCACUGUAGAUUGCCGAUUAUAUCCAGUAUCUUUAUAUGUUCUGCUUCUAUCUUAAUCUUGACGAUAGAUGCUUAAUCCCAUUUUAACAAGAGGUGAACAAGUGUAUAUGAAUGUGAGUGAUUCCCCGAGACAAAUUUAACAAGUAUCAACGUUCUGUGAACAAGUUCCAUUUAUUUUAUGACAACCCACUGGUUGCUUUAAAUUGUCAUUCAUUUCUGUUUAAAUCGUAUAAAGUAUUAUUCCUCGGUGCCAACGGGCUAGAAUCAUUUUCCGCAAAGAAAAUAGUUGUUUGGGCCUAGAAAAUGAUGCCCAUGAGAAAGAUUUAACCCUGGCUUUCAUGGUUUGCCCUUCGCGUAUGGCUUUCCCGUGAUUCCUUUCACACUGUGAACGCAGAGCCAGAAUACCGGACCUGCAAGCCCCACGCGAGGGCUGGGCUUUUAGCGCAUUGCGAGAACUACCGACGGGGAACGCAAGCGACCGGAGUGAAGGUUGCCGGCGGGCCGCAAAUUCUGUGCACGUGCGGCGGCCAAUCCUAACCCGUGGCCCUUAGGGCGCGGGGCGUGCGCGAUUUAGCCCGGCUGGCCUUAAGGGUUUCGGGCGGCCACUGCAGAGCCUUGGGUCGCCACUUCGCACGUGCGGAAUGUUGCUUCUGGCGUCUGGCGGCCUGCUGACGGCUGGACCGGGACUGGGAGGAAAGAGGGCGGUGUUGUGGGCGGCCACCGCGCUCAGGGGCCCCAGCGCAGCUGUCUCUCGGGCAGCCUCCGACACUCCCACGGGCCUGAACGGCGGUAGGAGCGCAGUGCCGGGAACCGUGCCACUUUUCCGGCGUCCCGUGCCUUCGCAGAUACCUCUUCGUUGGGAAAGAUGUGUUCGAGGCUUACGUACAGAAGUUGAAAAAUCAGAAGAUGGAAGGCUGAUUUAUACUGGGAAUCUGGCCCGAACAGUAUUUGGUGUGAAAUGUUUCUCUUAUUCUACAAGUGUGAUCAGCCUUGCCUUUCUACCAUACAUUUUUGCACAAAAUAAUAUUGUAUUUGGAAGUCUGCCUUUGCAAAUCUUAUUUUAUGGCAUCAUAGGAAGCUUUACAGUGAUCACUCCAGUACUGCUUCACUUUGUUACAAAAGGCUAUGUCAUUCGGUUGUACCAUGAGGCCACAACAGACACUUAUAAAGCCAUUACUUACAAUGUUGUGCUUUCAGAAACAAGUACAGUGUUUCAUCAGAGUGACGUGAAGAUUCCUAAUAGUGCACAUGUAUUUACCACAUUUUAUGCUAAAACAAAAUCACUGUUAGUUAAUCCAAGUCUCUUUCCAAAUCCCAAAGACUAUGACCAUCUUAUGGGUUAUGACAAACCAUUCACUUUUGAUAUGGAAGAAAUCAGUGAAAAGAAACAGCUUAAAGAUGAGAAAUGAGUCUACUGUUUUUAUAUUUGUGCUUUAAAUGUGAUUUAGUUUUCCACGUGUAAUAAAAUUGUCUUUUCUGUUUUCUGUUA